GCGAACCCAAAGGAUCGCCACCCUGUGACUCCUUGCUUUCCCUCAACACUGAAAAGAUCCUGAGCCAGGCCAAGUCUAUUGCAGAACAAAAGAGAUUCCCGUUUGCUACUGAUAAUGACAGCACAAAUGAAGAGUUAGGUAAUUGGCAGUAAAUUCAGCACCCCCAGGAAUCGAGAUUUGUGAUGCCUAUUUGGGUAUUUCUCAUAACUUUCACAGUAAAAUCACAUUGCCAUGUUAUAUGGAUAUUAUUCAGUCUUGUUACUUGUUCUUUUGAUAUAUAGAUAGGUAACAUCAUAAAGGUCACUUGGUAGUUGAAAAUGAGUGAUGGGCUUAGGAAAAGAUAAUUACUUUUUGUAGGCAGAUGUUUUAUAGAUGGCUUUAAUAAUUUAAUCUAGAUAGAACUAGAACUAGAAGACUGAUGAGCAAGUACGGAGUGCUAGCAGAAUUCCAUUACAUCUUAUUAACUUCUCCUUUUCUUUAACUGCUUCUAGUCCUUGGAGCUGCCUUUUAAGAUUCAGUAAAGAAUUUAGUUACUGAUUCCAGUAUGAGAUCCUUUCUUCUUUCCUUUAAUAUUUUUUGUAUUUUGUUUCAUAGCUAUUGCUUAUGUGUUGAUUGGCAGUGGUCUCUAUGAUGAAGCAAUAAGACAUUUUUCAACAAUGCUUCAGGAGGAGCCUGAUCUGGUUAGUGCAAUUUAUGGCCGAGGGAUAGCCUAUGGAAAGAAGGGACUACAUGAUAUUAAGAAUGCUGAGCUUGCUCUGUUCGAACUGAGCCGAGUAAUUACUUUGGAACCAGAUCGUCCAGAGGUAUUUGAGCAGCGAGCAGAAAUUCUGUCCCCUCUGGGACGAAUUAAUGAAGCAGUGAAUGAUCUCACUAAAGCUAUUCAGCUCCAGCCUUCAGCACGGCUGUACAGGCACCGGGGGACCUUAUACUUCAUAUCAGAGGAUUAUGCAACAGCCCAUGAAGACUUUCAGCAGUCCCUAGAGCUGAACAAAAACCAGCCCACAGCUAUGCUAUACAAAGGUCUAACUUUCUUUCACAGAGGACUCUUGAAGGAAGCAAUUGAAUCCUUCAAAGAAGCUUUGAAGCAGAAAGUUGAUUUUAUUGAUGCGUAUAAAAGUCUGGGGCAGGCCUAUAGAGAACUGGGUAAUUUUGAAGCAGCCACCGAGAGCUUUCAAAAGGCACUGUUGCUCAACCAAAAUCAUGUCCAGACGCUCCAGCUCCGGGGAAUGAUGCUUUACCACCAUGGCAGCUUACAGGAAGCCCUUAAAAAUUUCAAGCGGUGUCUGCAGCUGGAGCCAUACAAUGAGGUGUGCCAGUACAUGAAAGGACUCAGCCAUGUUGCAAUGGGACAGUUUUAUGAGGGCAUAAAAGCACAAACUAAAGUUAUGCUCAAUGAUCCCCUCCCAGGCCAGAAGGCAAGCCCAGAGUAUCUUAAAGUGAAAUAUCUCCGAGAGUAUUCUCGAUAUCUUCAUGCACACCUUGAUACUCCACUUACGGAAUACAACAUUGAUGUGGAUCUGCCGGGAAGCUUUAAAGACCACUGGGCUAAAAGUCUGCCUUUCCUCAUAGAAGACUAUGAAGAGCAGCCAGGGUUGCAACCCCACAUAAAAGACGUGUUACAUCAGAAUUUUGAGAAUUAUAAGCCCGAAGUACAGGAGCUGAUCUGUGUAGCUGAUCGUAUGGGAUCACUGAUGCAAUACGAAACACCUGGUUUCCUGCCAAACAAGAGAAUACACAGAGCCAUGGGUUUGGCAGCUUUGGAAGUCAUGCAAGCUGUACAGCGCACGUGGACCAACUCGAAGGUUCGAAUGAAUGGAAAAACGCGGCUGAUGCAGUGGAGAGACAUGUUUGACAUCGCAGUGAAGUGGAGACGGGUUGCUGACCCCGACCAGCCAGUGCUGUGGCUGGAUCAAAUGCCCGCACGAAGUCUCAGCAGAGGCUUUAACAACCACAUCAACUUAAUCAGGGGUCAGGUGAUUAACAUGAGAUACCUGGAGUACUUUGAGAAAAUUCUUCAUUUUAUUAAAGAUAGAAUUCUGGUUUAUCAUGGAGCUAAUAAUCCCAAAGGACUGUUAGAAGUUAGAGAAGCUCUGGAAAAGGUACACAAAGUAGAAGACCUUCUUCCAAUCAUGAAGCAGUUUAAUACUAAAACGAAGGAUGGGUUCACUGUGAACACAAAAGUUCCCAGCCUCAAGGAUCCAGGGAAGGAAUAUGAUGGAUUCACCAUCACAAUCACAGGAGACAAGGUUGGAAACAUACUAUUUUCUGUGGAAACUCAAACCACAGAAGAAAGAACCCAAUUAUAUCAUGCUGAAAUAGAUGCACUUUAUAAAGAUCUAACAGCAAAAGGAAAAGUACUAAUUCUUUCAUCAGAAUUUGGGGAGGCUGAUGCUGUUUGCAACUUAAUCUUAUCCUUAGUUUAUUACUUUUAUAAUUUGAUGCCACUCUCUAGAGGAUCCAGUGUGAUAGCUUACUCUGUCAUCGUGGGAGCAGUGAUGGCAAGCGGAAAAGAGGUAGCAGGAAAAAUUCCCAAAGGGAAGUUAGUUGACUUCGAAGCAAUGACAGCCCCUGGCUCAGAGGCCUUUAGCAAAAUAGCUAAAAGCUGGAUGGACUUGAAAAGUAUUUCACCUUCUUAUAAGACUCUUCCAUCAGUGUCAGAGACGUUCCCCACGCUAAGGUCAAUGAUUGAGGUGCUAAACACGGACCCCUCUCCACGUUGUCUUAAGAAACUCUAGUUAUGCUGUGGUAUUUAUAUAAGUAAAGGGCCAGACCUCUUGCUUCUUAAGUUAUUUUUUAAAUGGAAUUGUAAAGAAAGUAGGUCCUUUAUUACUUUUGAUACCAAUUUUUGAUAGGAAUUGAAUACUUGAAGUCAUUUUCUUUACUUUUCUGAACCAUAACAAAAAUCGUGAAAGACGGUUUUUUGGGGAAAAACCUGCAUGUUUGGGAGGAAAGUGUUUGUAUGAACAGGUGGCCUGUUGGUUUCCAAUUACAAACUCACACCUCUCCUCCCUUAUGGCUAAAACAGUUCAUUUCACAAACCAAAAAUUAACAAUUAAAAGGAACAAAACAACAACACAACAGGAGCGUUUUCAGCCCUCUGAAGAACUGGGUAUUUUUCAAGGGCCUUCUUUUUCUGCACAUUGUGAUGGGGCAUCUUGUCUUCAACUCAUAUGACCUUCACGGGCAGGUUCUCUUGUUUUAUUCAGACCAUGAAGGGUCGUGGGCCGCCACUGUGGGCCGCAGGGCGCCCCACUAGGGGCGUGUGUUUGGAAUGAUGCGGACAGUAUUUGCCAGUGACCCAAACACUGAAUUACUGAACCAUGUUUUGUUUUGUUUUGUUUUUUCUCUUUGUUAGAAAAAAAUAAAUGGGGGUGAUUUCUAUAAAUCACCAGUUUUUGACACUG